AUGACUAGUCACGCAGAGGGUAUUAUAUUGGAUUGCCUAAAGGCAGUUCGACCCUUGCUUUUGGGUCAACGACCGGUGGCUGCGGUCAAUUACGUGGCGGGUAAGCCCUUGCGUGCCACGGAUGUACUCAACAACUACCGGCAACAAUUCCACUCCAAGUUGCUUAUGUACGCGGAGAGAUUGCGGCUGGCGAAAGAACUUCUCGUUACUGCCAUGGUCACCUUGCAGGCCACAGAGUACCUGCAGAAGAAGGUGCCCGGGGAGCAUCCUUUAUGUCUAGUUAGUUUACUCGGUGCACACCGCAAACUUGUAGAAUUGCAGCACUGCUGCGGAACCCUCUCAUUCUUCAAAGGGAAAAUGUAUGUGACCCAAAGUUUGCAACCAAAACCCGAAUUCCAACCCGACUACGUGAACAGUGUCGGCAAAGAACAAAACCGGACAAACAAUGACUACGCGCCACACCUCUGGCACCGACUCCCUGGACAUUACCAGCUGUCCAUACUCCGGAGACAAGGCGACCGACAUGAACUACGAAUCGAACUGCGGAGCGGCCGGUCCAGGUACCCGCCUGCAUCCACAGGCGGGACGCUGACCUCUGCUGUCGGCAACACGGCAGCCGGGAAGAGCUGUCCUCAAUGGCUCCAUGAGACGCGUAAAACCAUCAGUCUAGAUAUCACAGCAAGCAAGUACAUCAGCUGGUCCUUCGAGCACGACAGUCUCGAAGACCUACUGCUUGCUGGCGGGGGCACGUGUGACUGCUGUUCGUCAGCAGACAAAUGGCACGAGGUAGAAGAAACGACCGGCGACGGACUCCUUCCCUACAACUCUGCAGCUCCUGACUCCUUUGAGCGUGUGGAGAUCGACGUCGCGCCGCCCCCCAAAGAAACCAGUCGCCGGGCCAGGAAGCGGAGCCGGAAGCCCCCCAAACUCGGACCCGCCGCGCCACCGCGACCUCCUCCGCCGCUGCCUGUUGCAGCGGUGGAACAAAAAAUUCAGGCCAUUGAGCUCCCCGCUCUCCUAUUCGAGGGAGGAGGACUCCCCCAUGCUGCUCUCCCCGACCCGGCCGGUGAAGACGCUGACGCGGGUGAGGGAGCCCGCCGGGAUGGUGCUGCUCCUGUAGCAAUCUUCGUAAUCUCGAGCGGCAAAAAAGAGGAUGUGCUCCGCUUCAUGUAUUUAGCGCGGUUAAUAUAUGCACACACGUGUGCACACGCGCGAGAGGUCGGCGGCUCGGUCAGUCACGAAAGUUUAUUGAGACUGCUAACCCUGUAA